AUGCACGGGCAUGCACACCACAACCAUGCGCGUAAUGUGGAGGAACUAGCGGAGCGAGGAGAUCUUGAGGAACGAGGCGAUGUUGUGAUUGUUUACAAGACCAUGGAACCGGACUUUGAAGGCGAAGUGGGAGGUUAUGUAACUGGCGACCAACACACCACUGCUACGAGACCGCACGCUGGUCUUGGUGAUCCUAUCACUGCGGCUGCGCCUAAACACACAACCGAGGUCAAAACUACAUCUAUCGAUGAGGAGGAGGAGGAGACCACAACUAAGAAGAAGGAGGAACCGACUACCACCAAAGAGACCGUGGCCCACACCACUCGUGAAACUAAAGCAGAGACCACCGAGACCAGCGAGGCUGAAACAACCCACAGGAAAGCAACCACUACGGAUGAGUCGAAGGCACCUAUCACAACAACCUCCUUUGUGACUUCAGCAUCAUCCACCUCGGAAUCCUCCCAGGAUGUCAACAAUAUCCUCGCGGCAACCUCCACAGGAUCAGCCAGUGACUCUGCCGUAUCCGCCUCGACCACUGCUAUUGGAACUACUUCUCAGGGUAUGACUGGUGGCGCGAAGGCUGGUGUGGCCAUCGGUGUCAUCUUCGGUGUCGGUCUGAUCGCUGCCCUCAUUUUCUUCUUUAUCCGCAAGAAGAAGAGAAACCAGCAAGGAUAUCAGCAGGAGAAUGAGAAGACCUUUGGUAGCGAAGGCCUGCCAGAGGGUGCCGCCGCUGCUUUCCCACCCCCUCCUCCUUCCAAGCCGCAGACUCUUUCGACAGCUCCACAGCUCAAUGUUCGUCCCGUCACUCAAUUCGCACCUGACCUGAGCAGCGGUGCCUUGAACCCGGCCACCGCUGGUACUUCGGGUGGCUUGAGCCCGGCCACCGCCGUUGUUGCAGGCGCCGCAGCUGCCUCGCCCGCUGUUGCCUCUCGUAAUCUCACUGGCGACUCGCCGCCUCCUACUCCGCCAAAGUCUGCUGGGUCUACUGGAAGCAACCCUGACCCGUUCAAGGACCCUGUGAAUCCUUUCAGCGCAGCUUCAGACACCACCCCUGUUACCGAGAGCGUGCCUUCGGUUGUCGAAUCGGCCACUGGACCUUCUGGAUCGACUGUUGCAGCUGCAGCGGUCGGUGCCACAGCCGUGGGUGUUGCAGCAGGUGCUGCUGCAUCUCGAGAGUCCAAUGAUUCUGAGCGCUACCAUUCCGCCGAAUCCCGCGGCCAUUCCCCCAGUGGCUCGACCCAGUCCGCAACGACCAUCCCUGCAGAUGCUGCCGCUGUUGCUGCCGGCGCCGGUGUCGUAGGAGCUGCAGGCGCCAUGGCUGCUGGACCACCACCUCCCAACAACGUUUACCGUGUGCAACUGGAUUUCAACCCCUCUAUGGAAGAUGAGCUCGGCCUUCGCGCAGGCUCACUUGUGCGCUUGGUUCACGAGUACGAUGACGGAUGGGCUCUCUGUAUGCGUCUCAAUGGCCCUCAGCAAGGAGUUGCCCCACGUUCUUGCCUCUCGGCUCGCCCUGUGAUGCCUCGCAAUCGCCCACCCCCCGGUCCUCCCGGCUCUCGCGGUCCCCCAAUCAUGGGCCCCGACGGUCGCCCAAUGAUGCCUGGUGGCCCUCCUGGUCCAAGAUUCUACCCUCAGGAUGCCCGUCCGAGAUCCCCCGGUGGCCCUGGCGUCUCUGGACCUCCGCCUUCUCGCCCUUACCCAGGCCCUGGAUCUGCUGUCCAGUUCCCUCCAGUUCCCCGCUCAAUGUCACCCGGACCUGGGGGUGCGCCUGGCCCUCGCUCCAUGUCCCCUGGACCUAGGGGUGCGCCAGGCCCGCGCUCAAUGUCUCCCGGUCCUCGCGGGAUGCCCGGCCCUCGCUCCAUGUCCCCUGGACCUAGGGGUGCGCCAGGCCCGCGCUCAAUGUCUCCCGGUCCUCGCGGGAUGCCCGGCCCUCGCUCCAUGUCGCCUGGACCUAGAGGUGCGCCCGGCCCGCGCUCAAUGUCUCCCGGGCCCGGAGGUAUGCCUGGUCCUCGCUCCAUGAGCCCUGGUCCAUACGGAGCUCCCGGAAUGCAGCGGCCUGUGAUGCCUGUAAACCAACGCCAACGCAGCAAUAGUGCCAGCAACACCGCUCCUCCCAUGGCUGCACCCGUUGCGCCUUCAGUUUCAAGUCCACUAGCUCCUGCCCCUGCUCCUGCUGCGCCACAAGUUUCAAGUCCACUAGCCGCUGCCGAGCCUGCCCCUGCUCCCACCCCCGCUGCGCCACAAGUUUCAAGUCCACCGGCAGCUCCUGAGCCUGCUCCUGCUCCCAUCCCCGCUGGAAUUGCAGUUUCAAGUCCACCGGCAGCUCCUGAGCCUGCUCCUCAGCCUGCUCCUGUUCCCGCACCUAUUCCUGUUGCACUUGCGGUUUCAAGUCCACCAGCGGUUCCUGAGCCUACUCCUGCUCCCAUCCCCGCUGGAAUCCCAGUUUCAAGCCCACCAGCGGCUCCUGAGCCCGCUCCUGCUCCCAUCCCCGCUGCACUCUCGGUUUCAAGUCCACCAGCCGCUUCUCAGCCUACUCCUGCCGUCGUACCAAUGCCAAGUCCCUUAGCUGCUCCUUCUCCUGCUCCCACCACCGGGCUUCCGGCGCUUCCGACUUCUCUGUCCGGCUCGAUCUCGCGGAAGCCACUCCCCGGUGCCACGCAGAACGCUUAA